GCCUCACAAGAAGUCACACACCUGCCACAUUUAAAAGGUAAGAAAUUCCGCUUCUUAUCAAGUCCUUUGUGUCUGUCGGCGGUCGUCCGGAAAUCCUGUUAAAAGUACGACUCGAAGUGGAGAUUGCGGCCGAAAUCAUGAAGAGAUGCAUAAGAGGUGUGGAUCUGCGAAUUGGUUAUCUGUUCGGAAUGGGGCGCACAUGAUACCUAUGAUGGGUCGAGCAGGGGAAUACGACAAUAUCAUCGACGGAAAAAAUCAUAGGCCGACGGAGGACAGCUCGCGGACACACGGCGGCUUGAAUCACUGCUCAAUAUCCGCUGGUGAUCUAUUUGACACCGAGUUACGUUCAAAAUAGACCAUUGAACUGACAUCCGAGCCUCAUAGAAAGAGCAGCCCAGCAUGGCCACUCCCGCAGCCCCAGCUCCCGCUCUCAGCAGCGUCAACAUCUCUAAGCGCAGAAAGUUCGUCGCCGACGGAGUCUUCUACGCCGAGCUCAACGAGUUCUUCCAGCGCGAGCUUGCCGAGGAAGGUUACUCCGGCGUCGAGGUCCGAGUUACUCCCACCGUCACCGACAUCAUCAUCCGUGCAACCCACACUCAGGAGGUUCUCGGUGAGCAGGGUCGCCGUAUCCGCGAGCUCACCAGCCUGAUCACCCACCGUUUCCGCUUUCCCCCGGACUCUGUCUCCCUCUACGCUGCUAAGGUCCAGUCUCGUGGUCUCUCCGCUGUCGCUCAGUGUGAAUCCCUUCGUUACAAGCUCCUGAACGGUCUUGCUGUUCGACGUGCCUGCUAUGGUGUCCUCCGAUUCAUCAUGGAGUCUGGCGCCAAAGGCUGCGAAGUUGUCGUCUCCGGCAAGCUUCGUGCUGCGCGCGCCAAGAGCAUGAAGUUCACCGACGGUUUCAUGAUCCACUCUGGUCAGCCCGCAAACGACUUCAUUGACCACGCUACUCGCCACGUCUUGCUGCGACAAGGUGUUCUCGGUAUCAAGGUCAAGAUCAUGCGCGCAUCAUCCUCGCCCAACGACCCGUCAGGCGAGAAGGCCGGUGGCAAGGGUCUUCCCGACUCUGUUACCAUCAUUGAGCCUAAGGAGGAGCAACCGAUUCUGGCUCCUAGCUCCCAGGACUACGGUGCUAAGGCUGCCCAAGCUCAGGCGUUUGCGCAACAGCAACAGGCACAGGAGGAAGGCGCUCCAGCUGAGCAGGCGCCGGCUGGUGAGGAAUACUAGAUGCCUGCCUUUGUGUUGUUCUGCGGGUCAUGGUCAUGGCAAUAAGGAGUUGGGCAUAAGGAGUAAUGAUGUUCCUUUUUUUCUACCAUUUUCCUCAUCCAGGAAG